AUGCCAAAGCCUUUGUCUUCUCUCUUCUCUCGGGAAAAACCGCAGACACUUUCCUUCGAAGAAUACUACAGAAAAUGGUUUAAAACUCUCAAGAAAACCCACCUUCCCCUCAUUCAACGCGCCCUUUCUUCAUCUUCUUCACACACUCUUCUCUACUCACACAUUGACCUCGUCCUCCAACACUUCCUCGCCUAUUAUGACACCUUGGACCUAGCUACUUCCAAAGAAAACCUCCCGCACCUUCUCUUCCCUUCUUGGCGCAACUCUCUUGAAAUCCCAUUUCUCUUUCUCGGUGAUCUCCACCCCUAUCUCUUCAUCAACCUUUUAAGAUCCUUUCUUGAUCAAGAAAACCGUCAAGAAACUGAAGAAGAAGAAGAAAAGAACACUUGCCGGGUUGUUGUCGUUGGUCUUGAUAGACCCUGGCAAGUGGUGAUGGCGUGGAAGAAUGUAUCCAAACACUUGAUGAACCACAUCGAUCAAAUAGAAUGUGGGUUAAGACUAAUGGUUCCUGCAUUGACUGGGAGAAUCAAGAAGAUACAAGGUGGUUUUUUGGGGAGGAUAGCAGAGGAUUGGGUGGAUGAUAGUGAUGGGAAAAGAGAAAGGAUUAAAAAGGCAAUGGAAGAAGAGAUGGAAGAAAUGGUGAGUGUGUUCAUGGAUGCGAAUAGACUGAGAAAGAGUGUGAUUACAGAGAUAAUCAGUGGGUUGAGUGUGUAUCAAGCAGCUUUAUUUCUAGAAAGUUUAGCCCAAUUCCUUGUUGGGUUGAGGGAGCAGGAAGUGCUUGGUGAAUUCAAACGCUGCAACAUUCCCAUCAGAGAUAAAUGA